GCAUUAACAUUCAAAAAUUUAUGUGGAAAUUCAUUUGUACUGCGAUGAUCCCCUCGUCGCAACAUCUCUCCCCUCAUCACAACAUCUCUCCCCUCAUAACAACUUUUAUCCCCUCAUCACAACAUUUAUCCCUUGAUCAAAACAUUUAUCCCUUGUUCAAUACAUCUAUCCAUACUUUAUCUUCUGUAUCUAUAGAUGUCUCGUGGCAUCGACGCUGAACGUGUGAACCUUGUGAUUAACAUGGAUCUUCCACGUGACUCUGAGACAUAUUUACAUAGAGUUGGGAGGGCUGGACGUUACGGAUCGUAUGGCGUGGCCAUAAAUUUCGUAGCCGCAGGAAAAGAGGAAUCAAGUUUGAAAGACAUCGAAAUUAAAUGUGGAAUAAACUUCGAUCCUUUGCCAGAAGAUUUAUCUGAGCUCAUAUGUGAAGAUGCGUUUGCCGAAUGUAGUUUGAUGAAGACAAAAGGCGAGAUACCUUCAUUAACUUCUACGGCUGCUACAACCAUAGUUGGAGAAGGGAAGGUGAAAGAAGAUGAUAUCCUUUGCUGUGAAACUACAAACCUUGUUCAUAAUGGCGAAACGAGUUCCACAAUGACAAUGGAAAAUUUAGUUGAAGGUUUGAAUGAAGGAGCGAAGAAUAAAAUUCACGAAACUGUAGCUUUCACUGACAUUGUUGUUGAUAAAAGCUUGAAAUGUGUUAACAAUAAUGAACAAAAGAAAAAUGAAGAAAGUUUAACGGGAGUAAUUGAAAAUAAUUCAGACAAUAGCGAAAGUUCCACAACAAAUCUUGAACUAUGGCAUAUUAAAAUUUUGGUAAAAGAAAACAAGAACAUUUUACACAUCUCAAGAAUUCUGUCGUUGCUGACGUUUGUCGUCAAAAAAAUAGACAGACUGUCGAGGAUCCAGGAAUUAUGGGUAAUGUGA